AUGUCUCAACCACAACGCCGAUUCUUUCCCAAGCCACCAAAGAAACAUGUACCUCCAGGAUCAGCCACUACUCCAACCACCUCCCAGAAUCCGAGUACCAAUCGACGUACUCGCAAUCAAACCAAACCGGCUACGUCAACAGCUCCGCCAACUAGACCUGUCACCAAACGCCGGGCAAGUGAACGCACCAAGGCCGCAUCUGAACAACCUCAGCCAAAGCAAGCCAAGCUAACUCAGACUCAGGCGGUGAAAUCCAAGAAGAUGGUCAAUCGUCCUCCUCCACGAAAACCAUCUCCUCGACGUCGUACCCCGACUCCAACUCCUCCUGCAACUCCUCCUCGACAUCGUACUCCAACUCCUCCUCCUCCUGCGUCAUCUGGAUCUCUUUUACGGGAUCCAUUCAACCAGAAAGAUUUAGAUAUGUUUAGCUUCAAAUCAGCUGCACAAAUUGCCCAAGCCCACGAAUACGGCCCGGACAAGUACAUAACUCAGAAAAAAACUUGCAACAACACCCAUCACCGCACCACCAACAACAACACCAGCAGCAGUCGUGCACCAGCAAGGGUUCACCAAGUCGAUUUUCACUCAGCUCGUCUUCCGAACGGAUUUAUGCCCUUGCAGGGUUCACGAUUACAGAUCUACAACAGAUGUGCUGUCCGUGCCGAUCUUGACGACCAAUAUAUGGCAAGCGGACGUGAAAUAUGUAGUGCGAUGACGCCUGACGAACAAUUUAUAGCCUCAACCACAGUUGCACUGGCAAAUCGUCAACAGAUGACCAAUAUAUACAACGACCUCACUCAACAGAUUGGUGAAAUUCGGGAUCUUGUGUCACGACAAGGCCAUGGCGUCUCCGGCGACGCUGCCACGGUAGCACCUUGGCUUUCAAAAGUGGAUGGUCAAAAAUCUAUUCGCCGAAGCGCGAUGAAGGCAAUUUUACGAGGUGACCUGCAGGCUUAUACAGCAACCAAGAACCGAUAUGGCAACAAGGCAACACUCCCAGUUUCUUUAUAUGCUGCAGUAAUGAAUGCCAAACCCCUCCAAGUCAAGGCCGUGAAGACCCUGGUCAAUGUUGUCUUGAAAGAAGUGCAAAAAGUAUUUGAAACAGAGCAUCCAACUGCCCGGCGACGCACCACCACAGACAAUGGUAGUGUACCAUCGUUGAAUACGAUUGUCGCCAAUCUUUACGAUAAAGAAAUUGGUCAAAUAGGAGGUCGAGUUCCUGUUCGCGAUGAGGUCUUUGAUCAGGUGGGACAUCUGCAAAAGUCCCGUUAUGCUUACCUUAGACUGCAAGCCUGUCAUUGGGGCUUUUACAAGAAAGAUUACAGAGACGGUGCGACAUUUUGGAGCAUCAUGGACGAGAAAUUGGAGUUUCUGCGGGGUCAAAGUAGCAGGUAUCGACAUGCGUAA